ACAGACAGACAGACGUACAGACAGUGCAGAAUUACAGAAAUUAUGGUGUGUAGCUCCACUUGUUGCAGGGCAAGGCGUGUCUAAUAAAUCUUUUACCCAGAGCGCUGUAGGCAAUUGGUUCCAAAGUUCAUAGCAGAGCGAAGAACAAGAAAAGGACGAGUCAGAAGAAGUGUCAAGGUGAUCCGUCAGUGGGGAAAUAUAUAUACUUUUUACAGCUAUUAACAGGAAUAAACACGGGGAACCUCAAACAUGGCAGAGAGCACAAGUCCAAAAGGCAACUCGGGUGUUUUUGCUAAAAAAGUGCAAAGACAGCUGAGCAGAGGCAAAGAAAAGGUGAUGCAAAGGCUUGGAAAGUCGAUGGAGACGAGAGAUGAUCAGUUUGAACGCUCCCUCCAGAUGUUCAACGACCAGCAGACAGACGGGAACCGGAUAUACAAGGACUUACGGAACUACAUUAAUGCAAUAAGAGACAUGCGUGAAGCGUCAAGACGCCUCUCUCAGUCUCUGUUUGAUGUUUAUGAAAGCGACUGGGCUGGAGAGGAAGACCUGGGAGCCAUUGUUGAGGGCGAGGACCUCCUGUGGAACGACCACGAGGUGAAGCUGUUGGACCAGGCCGUCCGCACCAUGGAGUCCUACGUGGGACAGUUCCCAGAUAUUCGGGAGAAAAUUGCCAAGAGGGGAAGGAAACGGGUGGACUACGACUCGUCCCUUCACACCCUGGAGUCUCUGCAGACCGCCAAGAAGAGGGACGAUAUCAAGAUAAGCAAGGCAAAGGAAGAGAUGCUAGCUGCCAAAAACGUCUAUGAUGGGAUCAACAAUGAGCUGAAAGAGGAGCUGCCUGUCCUCUAUGACAGCCGCAUCGGAUGUUACGUGGCUGUCUUCUCAGCUGUGUCUAAUUUACGAGACAUCUUCUAUAAAGAAAUGAGCACGCUCAAUCUUGAUCUGCAGAGUGUGAUAAAAGAGCUGCAGGCUCAGCAUCCUGACAAAACGUUUGCUGUGAGGGGGCUGCAGAGGUAUGGCUCCCUGAAGAGACGGACUCUGCUGUCCCCCAGGGCCUGGAAGGCCAGUUUUUCUGAAUUUCACCUGACCUACAAUCCCAGAAUGAGCCAGCGGUCCAGUCUCAGGUCUCCGGAUAAACCCCGCCACAGCAGUCUGUCCAGAGAGAGCAGCACACUCGGCUUCUCCUCUCGGUCGUCCACCCUGAACAAAAGCCUGACCGAAUCCAGAGAGCUGGACACGACUUCCUGCCACUCCGAGAACCAAAGCUCUGUGGCGCAGGAGGAAGCUGGAGCGGGAACAUCUGGGAAAGAGAAGUCCGGAGCAGCCAGUGGUCAGGGGGAAGAGGGGAAAAGCUCUGAAGAGGUAGAAGGUAAAAAAGAUGGAGAAAAAGCUCCACCAAGUGAGAGCAGCUCUGAACUGAACAACUCCUGUGAGUCUGAGAGCUUGGAGCUGCAGCUGUCCGCAGCCCAAAGCGAAACGCUGCACAUCGAAGAAGAAGAAGAUGAAGAUGAUGACUCUGCCACCCUCGACUCCCAGAAAGCAAACGGUCUAAAGAACGGCGACGUUAGUGGAUUGAACUCUGACACCAGCGAACUGCGCAUUCCUGACAAGGAUGGUGCUGGAGGAAAACAAACGCCCCACGACUCAAAAAUCACAACGGUUUAAAGAAGACUGAAAACGACAGCUGGUCAAGAGGCAAAAAUAAAAAGGAUGAAGAUAGCCGGGCAGACGAGCCCAGCUGUUGUUUCUUUGCUGUUAGUUUUCUCAUUUAUCUUUCAAUCAAAUCAAGUUUGCCCCAGAAAGAGCUUCUAGUUUUAAUAAAAACAAACCAAACAUAAAGCGUUCUUGAAUAAUGAGUUUAUUAGUAUAAUUGCACAAGGUGGCACAUUGUGCCUAGCUUCUGUUAUUAGAAGAAACUGAACUAAACUCAUAAUUUUUAGGUUUUUACUAACUGUAAGGCCAAAGCCAAAGCGAGAUAAGUCAAGAUUGUCAGGGAUUAAUGACGUCUUACACAUUUAAUCAUAUGUAGAAACAUUUUUAACAUUUAUUACUAAAGAAAUCUUACAAGUUAGAGUUUGCAGUGCAUCUGUAUGUGUUGUGUUUGGCUUAAUAAGAGCUGAAAUUGCUUUUUAAAUUUGUAUAAUCCAUGUAAAGUAUUGUGUAAAUGUGUACACCUUGAACUUUUUCACAUUUUGGCCACAUUACAACUUUUAAUUUCUUUGUUUUUAUUGCAGCUUUGCUGUGAUAGAUCAACACAAAUCUGGACAUAAUUGAGUAGUUAAUGAUGAAAAUCAACACAUGGUUUUAAUUUUUUUUCUACAGCUAUGCAUGGACAAAAAAUAAAGCUGUAAUUGCUCAAACUUUAUGUUGUCACAGAUUCUCUAUUCAAUGUACAACUGGAGUUUGACAGAAUCAAUCUGAAAGAUGAAAAUGCUUCAAACUGAAAAGCAUGUCAGGCUAAACAAGCCAUUUUGAGUGUUAAAAUGCAAAUUCUGGUUUCUUUUAAGAUUUCAAAUAAUAAUUAUACAUAUUUUAAUUGAAAAACACAACAAAACACACACCUGAAACACACUGCUUCCCUGUAUGGCAUAACGUAAACAUCAAAAAUAAGUCAGAUGAUAUCGAAAUAAGUCUGGAUUGUGAAGAAGUCAUGAUCACUUAUUCAUAGAAAUAUACCAUGGAAAUUCCCAGAUAGAUUAUUGUUUGUCCUUGAAACUCAUACAUUUAAAGAUGAAUAUAAAUUAAAAAGGCAGCGUGUAAGUAAAAAAUGAUCCAGAUUCAUACAAGAACACCAAAUUAGUGAGUCCUAUCUAAGCUGGCCAAAAUGCCAUGCAGCAAGGAAGAAGUCAUCACUCUUAAAGGUACUUGAAUAAAAGAUU